GAUAACGCAGCAAUAUAAAAUCCUCCCCCCCCCCCCCCCCCCCUCUCUCUCUCUCUCUCUCUCGUACGCACGCACGCACACACACACUCUCUCUCUCCUCUCUCAAUUUCAUCAUCUGGCCGGACCCAUCUCUCUCUCUCUCGCUCUCAUAUAUAGCGAAGACCAUCUGUUCUUAUACAUAAUAUAUAUACAUAAGGAGAAGUCCUCUGUUCUCUGUCCCUUGCCCUUUCUCUCUCUAAAUUUCUUCGAUUCGCUCAGUCGAAAGUGCUUUUUCUGCCUUUGGUCCGCUUUUUUCUCUCUUUAGCCAAUAGCUGAGACAACGAAUAUAUGAAACAUAGAUAGAGAUGAGGAGGAGUUGUUCCUGUUAUUGUUCUUCUCUCUCCUCUCCCCUCCCCCUUCCCCCGACUUCCCUGACUUUUCUCUCUAGAAACCCUAGCUUCUCUCCCAUGAGCGCCACCUCAUAGAUCUCGCUCGCCCGCGCACCUUCAGGCGGCGUCAAUGGCGGAACUAGGGCAUCAGACGGUGGAGUUCUCGGCUCUCGUCAGCCGAGCCGCCGAGGAAUCCUUCCUCUCGCUCAAAGAACUCGUCGAUAAAUCCAAGUCCAUCGACCAGUCCGAUUCCGAGAAGAAGAUUAGCCUCCUCAAGUACAUCGUCAAAACUCAGCAGCGCAUGCUUCGUCUCAAUGUUCUCGCUAAGUGGUGUCAACAGGUUCCAUUGAUACAGUACUGUCAACAACUUGCAUCUACUCUAUCAAGUCAUGAUACAUGUUUCACUCAAGCUGCAGAUUCAUUAUUUUUCAUGCAUGAGGGAUUACAGCAAGCACGUGCUCCUAUUUAUGAUGUUCCAUCUGCUAUUGAAGUCCUUCUGACAGGAAGUUAUCAGCGCUUACCGAGCUGCAUAGAAGAGGUGGGUGUUCAGAGCACAUUGACUGAGGAUCAGCAGAAGCCAGCUUUAAAAAAACUAGACACACUUGUACGGUCUAAGUUACUUGAAGUUUCACUUCCUAAAGAAAUUUCUGAAGUUAAAGUUUCUGAUGGCACAGCUCUGCUUUGUGUGGACGGAGAAUUUAAGGUCCUUGUUACCCUUGGCUACCGAGGACAUCUAUCAAUGUGGAGGAUAUUGCAUUUGGAGCUGCUUGUUGGUGAGAAAAGUGGGCCUGUGAAGCUGGAAGAACUGCGACGGCAUGCUCUUGGUGAUGAUUUAGAGCGCAGAAUGGCUGCAGCAGAAAAUCCAUUUAUAACUUUAUACUCUGUUCUUCAUGAGCUUUGUGUUGCACUGAUUAUGGACACAGCCCUAAGGCAAGUACAAGCACUUCGACAAGGAAGAUGGAAAGAUGCAAUUCGGUUUGAGCUGAUUUCUGAUGGUACUGCAGGACAAGGUGUUAAUUCUGCUUCCCUGCAAAUGAAUCAAGAUGGAGAAGCUGACUGGGCUGGUCUACGAACUCCUGGAUUAAAAAUUUUGUACUGGCUAGAUUUUGAUAAAAGCUCUGGUACAUCUGACUCAGGAUUGUGCCCAUUUAUAAAGAUUGAACCAGGACUGGAUUUGCAGAUAAAGUGUCUUCAUAGCACAUUUGUUGUGGAUCCACUGACUGGAAAAGAGGCAGAAUUUUCUCUUGACCAAGGUUGCAUUGAUGUUGAGAAGUUGCUGCUAAGAGCUAUAUGUUGCCAUAGAUAUACUCGUUUGCUUGAAAUCCAGAAAGAGCUGGGGAAAAAUGGUCAGAUCUGCAGAGCUUCAGGGGAUGUCAUCCUUCAGUCUCACACAGAUGAACCCAAUGUCGACUGUAAAAAGAAAGACUCUAGGACUGUUUCAAGGGAAUACGAAGGACAGGAAGUGUUACGCGUGCGUGCCUAUGGCUCGUCAUUUUUCACACUUGGAGUAAACAUAAGGAACGGGCGUUUUGUUCUCCAAUCUUCCAGGAAUAUUCUUGCCCCAGCGGCAUUAUUAGAUUCUGAAGAGGCUUUAAAUCAGGGAACUACAACCGCAGCUGAAGUCUUUAUAAGCUUGAGAAGCAAGAGUAUUUUGCACUUAUUUGCAUCUAUCAGCCGGUUCUUAGGCCUUGAGGUGUAUGAACAUGGUUUUGGUGCAGUGAAGGUACCCAAGAACAUUUUGAAUGGCUUAAAUUUGUUGCUAAUGGGAUUCCCUGAUUCUGGGAGCUCUUAUUUUUUGUUGAUGCAACUAGACAAGGAUUUCAAACCUCUCUUUAAGUUACUAGAGACUCAGCCAGAUCCUUCCGGGAAAGCUCAUUCUUUUGGUGAUAUGAGCAGUGUGAUACGCAUAAAAAAAAUUGACAUUGGUCAGAUGCAACUGCUUGAAGAUGAAUUGAAUUUGAGUCUUCUUGACUGGGGAAAAGUACUUCCUUUUUUGCCUAGCAGUGGUGGCCCAAGUCAUACUUCUGACCAUGGUCUUCUUUCUGAGUUUGGCCUGGAAGCUCGUACGCAGAUAACAGGAUGUCCUCCAUCAAGUUUUUCAUCUGUGGUAGAUGAAGUGUUUGAGCUUGAGAAGGGGGCAUCUGUGUCUCCUUCCUCCAUUCAGAAUGUCUCUUCAUCAUUCAGUACAUCUCCUGCUUCUCAUUUUGGCUCUAUGCCAAUGAAUCUUAAUAAUAUAAAAGCUGGAAGCCCCUCUGCUAAGUGGGAUGGAGUUGCACAAAUAUCACAGAUCAACAAUGUAACAAGAGUUUCAAGCAUCGGCCCUAACUAUAAUGGUUCAUUAUUUUCUUCAAACAAUAUGAAGGUUACAAUUCAGUCCAGUUCAUUAUCUUCAGGUCCAGGGAAAAGUGCAGCCAUAAGGAAACUAUCGGCUUCUAAAUCUGAUCAAGAUUUAGCUUCUCUUAGAUCUCCACAUUCCGGUGAAGUUGGUUCUUGUACUUCUAUGGAUGAAGAUCAAAUCAGAUUGCUGAAUGAUUCUUCAAAGGAAGCAGUACCUGGAAGUCGAUCUUCUCGUUUGAUAUCUCCGCCUCGACCAAAUGGCCCUCGAGGAGCUGCACUGAGUGCAAAACCUAAUGGGCCCAGAAACUUAUCUACAGGACCUCUAGCAGGUUCUUUUAAAGUAUCUGGAUCUAGCAUGUGGGUUGCUACUCCUGCAUCCCAAGCACCAGACUCUGCAAUUUUUCUUAGCACGAGUCAUGAUGCUGUUUGUAAACAUGAUAAAAAUCCACGAAAGCGUUCAGUUUCAGAUAUGUUAAGUUUAAUUCCAUCACUCCAAGGUCAAGAAGUCAAUGCAGGAUUCAGUAAAAGAAGGAAAAUGACAGAUUCAGCUCAAAGUCAAUAUCCUUCAUCGCAAGAACUGAUUUCAUCAGAAAUGAUUCCCAAAACUGAAGGUUAUAGUUUUGGGAAUCUUAUAGCUGAAGCAAACAAAGGGAAUGCUCCUUCUAGCAUUUACGUUUCAGCUCUUCUUCAUGUGGUCAGGCACUGUUCGCUUAGUAUCAAGCAUGCCAGACUGACUAGCCAGAUGGAGGCACUCGACAUUCCAUAUGUUGAAGAGGUGGGUCUAAGGAAUGCAUCCUCGAACUUAUGGUUCCGACUUCCAUUUUCCCAUGGCGAUUCAUGGCCUCAUAUUUGCUUGCGGCUCGGCAGACCUGGAAGCAUGUAUUGGGAUGUCAAAAUAAAUGACCAACAUUUCAGGGAUUUGUGGGAGCUUCAGAAGGGAAGCAAUACUACACCAUGGGGUUCUGGUGUUCGCAUUGCCAAUACAUCUGACAUAGAUUCUCAUAUCCGGUAUGAUCCAGAGGGUGUUAUUCUGAGCUAUCAGUCUGUUGAGGCUGAUAGUAUAAAAAAGUUGGUGGCAGAUAUCCAAAGACUCUCUAAUGCUAGAAUGUUUGCCCUUGGAAUGCGGAAAUUGCUUGGUGUAAGAGCAGAUGAGAAACUAGAAGAAAGUGGUGCCAACUCUGAUACUAAAGCAGUUAGUGCAAAAGGUGCUGUUGAGGGAGCUGAUAAGCUAUCAGAACAAACAAGGAGAGCAUUUAGAAUUGAAGCUGUUGGACUAAUGAGUUUGUGGUUUAGUUUUGGUUCAGGGGUCCUAGCUCGCUUUGUAGUUGAGUGGGAAUCUGGUAAAGAAGGCUGCACAAUGCAUGUUUCUCCUGACCAACUUUGGCCUCAUACAAAGUUUCUCGAAGAUUUCAUAAAUGGAGCAGAAGUUGCAUCCCUUUUGGAUUGUAUUCGCCUCACUGCUGGACCCUUACAUGCUCUGGCUGCUGCAACUCGACCUGCUCGAGCUGGUCCUGCUACAGGGCCUCCUGCAGUAGCAGCCACCAUCUCUUCCAUCUCUAAACAGGGUGGAUAUAUGCCUCCCCAGGGACUCUUGCCAGGCAGUUCAAACACAAACGUUAGUCAGUCUGCAUCUGGCCCUGUAGGAAAUCCUGUUGCUUCUACUACUGCAAGCUCGCUUGCGAAUCAUAGUAUUCAUGGUGCAGCAAUGUUGACUGCUGGAGGACGAGGUGGCCCUGGCAUUGUUCCAAGCUCCUUGUUGCCCAUUGAUGUUUCUGUCGUACUUCGUGGCCCCUAUUGGAUACGGAUCAUCUAUCGCAAAUAUUUUGCAGUUGAUAUGCGCUGCUUUGCUGGUGAUCAGGUUUGGUUGCAACCAGCAACUCCACCUAAGCCAGGCCCUUCUGUUGGAGGGUCGCUCCCAUGUCCGCAGUUUCGUCCUUUCAUCAUGGAACAUGUUGCUCAGGAAUUAAAUGUUUUGGAGCCUAAUUUUACUGGUGGCCAACAGACAGUUGGACUUGUAAAUUCAAGCAACGCAAACCCAAGUUCAAGUUCUCAGCUCUCAGCUACUAAUGGAGCUAGAGUUAACCUUUCAAGUUCUUCUGGAAUGUCUAGGUCAGGAAACCAAGUAAAUGGUCUGAACCGCAUGGGAAGUGCUCUCGCAGGAUCUUCUAGUUUGGCAGUGGUGAGCUCAGGCAUGCCAUUACGCAGAUCACCUGCCACAGGCAUCCCUGCACAUGUAAGAGGAGAACUGAAUACAGCCAUUAUCGGCCUCGGGGACGAUGGAGGGUAUGGCGGUGGUUGGGUUCCACUUGUUGCUCUAAAAAAGGUUUUAAGAGGCAUUCUAAAGUAUCUUGGAGUGCUGUGGCUAUUUGCCCAAUUACCUGAUCUUUUGAAAGAUAUCCUAGGGUCAAUUUUAAAGGACAAUGAAGGUGCACUCCUAAAUUUGGACCAGGAACAGCCUGCCUUGCGUUUCUUUGUUGGGGGCUAUGUAUUUGCUGUAAGUGUCCAUAGGGUUCAACUUCUACUUCAAGUUCUCAGUGUGAAACGCUUCCAUCAUCAACAGCAGCAACAGCAGCAGCAAAAUUCAGCCACUGCUCAGGAGGAACUAACACAAUCUGAAAUUGGCGAGAUUUGUGAUUAUUUCAGCCGCCGUGUUGCCUCAGAGCCUUAUGAUGCUUCUCGUGUUGCAUCAUUCAUUACUCUUCUCACCUUGCCUAUCUCAGUUCUAAGAGAAUUUCUGAAACUCAUAGCAUGGAAGAAAGGAUUAGCUCAGGCACAAGGUGGAGAUGUUGCCCCUGCACAAAAGCCCCGUAUCGAAUUGUGUCUAGAAAAUCAUGCAGGGUUUAAUAAGGAUGGGAAUCUUGAGAAUUCAUCUGCAUCUAAAAGUAAUAUCCAUUAUGAUCGUCCCCAUAACUCUGUUGACUUUGGGUUGACAGUGGUUCUUGAUCCUGCUCACAUACCUUCCAUAAAUGCUGCUGGAGGCGCUGCAUGGUUGCCCUAUUGUGUUUCAGUGAGGUUGAGGUAUUCAUUUGGUGAGAACCCUAAUGUGUCUUUUCUUGGUAUGGAAGGCAGCCAUGGGGGCCGAGCUUGCUGGGUGCGAUUUGAUGACUGGGAGAAAUGUAAGCAAAGGGUGGCCCAGACGGUCGAAAUGAAUGGGUCUUCAGGAGGAGACAUUGCUCAAGGGAGAUUAAAACUAGUUGCAGACAGUGUGCAGAAAACAUUACAUUUGUGCCUUAGAGCAUUGAGGGAUGGUGGUGGGGGAACUGCAAGCUCAGGAGCAACAUGAUUGGUUGGCCUAUUCAGAGAAUAAUAUUUUUGAAUAAUUUGAGAUUGGGGUGAAAUGAUAUUGGCUUACAAUUCAAUUCAUUUCUGCCUUUUUUUGCACUUCUUCAGAUUCUUCUGCCAUUUUGUUGCAGGAGAGGCCUGAGCGUCAACAACUAUAGACGAGAUCUAAUGGUAACGGCUGGUGAUUUAAGAUGUUUUUAGAAAAAUGACUGCACAGCUUGCGGGGAUUCUAGGUUGGUGUUUUCUAUUUUUAGUUUUAAUUUCUAGUAACUGUUAUAUUGAUUAUAAGAUUAUUCUGAUGAGGAGGGUGUAUGAUAUCUGAUUGUAAAAGGCCUACAGUGUAUUUUUGGUUGAAUUAGUUGGAGGUAGAAGUUGGCCUCUUGUACAUAUCUCUUACUGAUUGGACACGAAGUCUGUAAAAUAACUUUUUUUAGUUGUAUUCCCCUACUGAUUGACUGGCAAGAUGCCCAAGAAUGUGUCCAGAGGGUAAUUAUAGUUUUUGUAGAAAUCUUUGUACAAUCUCCUAGAUCAUAUUAUUAGUGAAAUUUUAUGUUUUUGCCUCUGGAAAA